AUGUCACCUGAGGGCGAUGGAGAGGCGGCCACGGAACUGCCCCAGGCUGCACCUACCCAGGCCGGGGUGCAGACAAGGGCGGCCCGUGUGGGGAGGGGUCCCCCGAGGCACGGCCACCUGGGGACCCUCCUUUCCCUGCCACCUCGACCGCACGGCGUCCUGCAGCCCACACGGGGGUGGCAGGGCGAACCCCUGGAGAGGCCGGGAUUAGGUCCAGCUGCAAAUACCAGAAAACAGAAUAAAACAACCCGCAGGGCCUGCAGCUCGUGCCCCAGUCCCGCCAUCACCGCCCCCGUGCAGAGGGCAGGCCGGGGCGUCUGCUGCGGGCUCGGUGGGCCCCGCGAGUCCACAGGGGGAGGGGGCGAAUCCCCGGAAGGGGCCGCGGACCCCGUGUGCCCACCCCGCGGCCUCACCCUGGGCUACCUGCACGGGGCACAGCCCACGGUGCCAGGCUUCCUGUGUCUCGCCCUGGCGUUCUGUGCCCUGGUGCAGGUGACCUUCUGGAGACUGCGCAGCCCCCACCAGGUGGAGGACACUGCACUGGAUGUCUAUGACCUGGUGUACGAGCGGGCGGUGAGGGGCCCGCCGGGCAGCGGGGGGCAGGAGCUGGCGGCCAUCCAGGACACGUUUCUGUGCUGUGGGAAGCACUCACCUUUCAGCCCCCUGGGGAAUGCAGAAGUGGAGCUGUGUCCACAAGAGGAGGCCAGGAGAGAGAAAGGGCUGGAAGGGUGUCUCAAGGAGGGAGAGAGCCGGCUGGAGGGACGGUACUGGCCGUGGCCACCUGCCCAGCAACCCUCCCCCUGCCAGCCUGGACGCAAUCCCGCCCCAUCUCGCGCCAAGAGGCCCUGGCGUCCCUCCACGAUGCAGACCAGAGGCUGGUGGACAGCUCGUGACCCAGCAGGGCCCAGGGUCGGGGCGGCACCUGCUCGAGGGCCAGAAAGGAAGGACUGCCUGCAGGGGAUCCGGAGCUUCCUAAGGACACGGCUCAGCGUUGCCUCGGCCCUGACCAGCGUGGUCCUGGCCCUCCUGGUGUAUGCCAUGCUGCUCAACGCCUUCCUCUGGUUUUCCAUCCGCUCCGGCCAUGGCCUGGACCGCAGGGGCAGAUACAGCCUGACGCCACGCACCCGUGGCCACCAGCCCCAGGAGCCCAGCUGCCUCUGACAGUCCCAGGUGGCCCCAGAUGGCAGCAUCCCUCUGACACAGGGGCUCACCAUGGCCAUCCAGGUUAAAGAGGACCUUCCAUGGCCCCCAGCUGUGCCUGCUCCCCCCACCCACCUGGCCACCCUCUGGUCAUCGGCCCUCACUCGUCGUGGGGGGAGAAUACCCAGCCAGAUAAAAAGCUCCAUUUGAAGUA